CUCGAGUAACUUGUAAAAGCCACCUCCUUUACUACACUUUGAUGAUAAACCAAAAACUGUUUUUCUUUGGAAGCAACUCAUUGAACCAAGAUCAUGGCCUCUUCGGUUGGUUUUCCACACCCAACGUCUUCCUUGUUCUAUAACAAGGAAGAUCUGAGUCUCUCUGCUUUCCCUUCAACUUCACAACUUUCCAUUUACAAAUGCAAGAAACCAAUUUCCAAGAACAUCUUGAUGGUCAUGGCACCACAACAAGCAGAGCGCAAACCUGCCACCACUGGCUCAGUCAAGACUCCAAUGACUAUGACAGAGAAGAUUCUUGCCCGGGCCUCUGAGAAACCCCAUUUGAGACCAGGUGACAACGUUUGGGUUAACGUUGAUGUAUUCAUGACUAAUGAUAUUAGUGGUCCUGGUUCCAUCGAUAUCUUCAACAAAGAAUUUGGUGAAAAUGCUAAGGUUUGGGACCGUGAAAAGAUUGUUGUUAUACCUGACCAUUAUAUAUUCACGAAUGAUGAACGUGCAAAUCGUAAUGUGGACAUCUUGAGGGAAUUUUCCAUGGAGCAAAACAUCAAGUACUUUUAUGAUAUUAAAGAUCGUAGUAAUUUUAAGGCUAACCCUGACUACAAAGGUGUAUGCCACAUUGCACUUGCUCAAGAAGGACAUUGCAGGCCUGGAGAGGUUUUGUUAGGGACAGAUUCACACACUUGUACUGCUGGAGCAUUUGGUCAGUUCGCUACAGGAAUUGGAAAUACAGAAGCAGGUUUUGUAUUAGGAACCGGGAAGCUUUUGCUCAAGGUGCCACCAACUCUGAGAUUUGUGAUGGAUGGUGAAAUGCCUGAUUAUUUGCUUGCUAAGGAUUUGAUUUUGCAGAUCAUUGGUGAAAUAUCUGUAGCUGGUGCAACAUAUAAAUCCAUGGAAUUUGUUGGCACAACCAUUGAAAGUUUAAGUAUGGAAGAACGGAUGACAUUAUGCAAUAUGGUUAUUGAAGCUGGCGGAAAGAAUGGUGUUGUUUCAGCCGAUAGUACUACAUUUAAGUACCUUGAGGAUAAAACAUCUUUGCCAUAUGAACCAGUUUAUAGUGAUGCAGAAGCAAGUUUUCUUUCAGAGUUCAGAUUUGAUAUCUCAAAAUUGGAGCCUUUGGUGGCUAAGCCACAUUCACCUGAUAAUCGUGCAUUGGCAAGAGAAUGCAAAGAUAUUAAAAUCGACAGAGUCUAUAUUGGAUCUUGUACUGGUGGAAAAACAGAAGAUUUCCUUGCUGCUGCCAAAGUCUUCUUAGCUUCAGGCAAAAAGGUGAAAGUCCCCACAUUUCUUGUCCCUGCUACCCAAAAGGUUUGGUUGGACAUAUAUACUCUCACUGUACCAGGAUCUGGUGGCAAGACUUGCUCUCAGAUAUUCAAAGAAGCUGGCUGUGAUACACCUGCAAGCCCCAGUUGUGCUGCUUGUAUGGGUGGCCCUAAAGAUACAUACGCUCGCAUGAAUGAGGCUCAGGUUUGUGUCUCAACCACAAAUAGAAACUUCCCAGGUCGGAUGGGACAUAAGGAAGGGCAGAUAUACCUUGCUUCCCCAUACACAGCAGCUGCAUCAGCUUUGGCUGGUUAUGUCACUGAUCCAAGGGAGUUUUUGUAUUAGAAACAUGUCCACAUGGCAUUUUGCAAGUAAUUUCUACUACUUUGAUGUAUAAUUAACCUAAACAAAUACUAUUAUUAGUUCAAAGAGAGAUGGAGAGGUGAAGCUGAGGUGUUGUGUUAAUACUGUACUACUGUUUUUAUUAUAUUUCUUUAGCUUUAUUAGUUCAAAAACAAGCAAAGCGACAUGUAAUAUGAAUCAUUCACUGCAGAAGUUUUACAUUUAACCUGAUCAUGGAAUUUUCAAUACCAAAUCAUGGGGCCAUUCCUUGUCUUGAUCCACCACCACAUAUUUCAUAUGCCGUGUAGUAAUGCAGAAACCUCAAUCUAACAAAGUGGAGAAAUAAAUCGAUGGACGUCAAGGGUCCCUCCAUAUGCUGGAACCGCAAUCCAUUUGAGGGGCUCAUGUCUGGGGUAAUGGGAUUGUCAUUUGUCCCCCAGUCGUACAAAAUUAUAAUUGUCCACCAUAUACGGCCCUAAAUAUAAAAAUAUAUAUGAACCGUACGACACAAGCAGCACAAUGAAUAACAUAUACUUUUUACUCAUUGAAAUGUCCCAAUACUUGAUUAAACAUAAUUGUGAAACUAAUCUUUUCUGUUGCAGGCAAUCAAGAGCUUUCCUAAGAAUGCAGGUGAUGCCAAAAUGUUGAUGUGAUGAUAUAGAUUGCCUUGAAACCUUUCCAGCUGUUGGGGUUCCAAUGCUAUUGUUUGUGUAUUGCAUGAGGCUACACAUGACAAAAACAAGCACUGGGACGAAAAAGAGAAAAUAUGAUUUGGAUGGUGGGUCUUAGAUUUUAACCUUCAUUGAUAAGUUGAGAAGAAAAAGGUUGAAAAGGCAAUGGAAAAGAAGCCUUCUUGAAGGUGAAAGAUUUUCAUAAAUACAAGAGGUUUUGUUGUUUUUGCUUUACUUUUGCAAGCUAGAGAAACCAGAAAAGCUGCUGAGAGCUAAGAUGAGAGCCAUAGUAGAGAA